UCACAUUUGUUUAGACGUUUCAACCUAACGUUGUGUUUCUUCGCACGAAACAUUCUCAUUCUGAUGAUUUACAUGCGAUCGGUGUGUACGUUUUAAGACGUUAUCGCGACCAACACUAUUUCUAAUACUCUAAUACGUAGCAACGUAUCCAAAAUGAAAGUUAUAAUAAAAAGUUGGACCGGUGUUGCCACCUGGCGUUGGAUAGCGAACGACGACAACUGCGGUAUAUGUAGAAUGCCUUUUGAUGCCAGCUGUCCAGACUGUAAAAUUCCCGGAGAUGACUGUCCUUUGGUUUGGGGCCAGUGUUCGCAUUGCUUCCAUAUACACUGCAUCAUGAAGUGGCUGCACUCUCAACAAACCAGUCAUCUAUGUCCGAUGUGUCGUCAGGAAUGGAAGUUCAAGGAGUAACUGGUUUCCCGAUGGUCCCGCAGGUGUCAGCACGCAACGAAUAAUCAGUCUACAAGAGAGGAUCGCGAUGUCUUCCCUACAAGGUCUACCACCGUUACCCAGGAGCCUCAGCGGGUUCAAUUU